AUGAUGCCUGUGUACAAUGACUCAUCGCAACCAUGCCAUAUGAGACCACAAGGAUACUAUCAUCAAGCGUUUGGGAACAAUCAACCUCAACACAUGACAAUGGAAGCUCCAUCACCGUGUCACGGAAGCUGUGUCCAUGGCAACUUUCCUGCAUAUAAUGCUUACUGGCCUCCUUGUUAUCCUCCACAAGUACCUUACCAUCCAUAUUGCGUGAACCAUCCUGGGAUUCAUCCGCACGCGUCGUACGCUCCUCCUUGUUACAUUCAUCCACCAUUUCCAGCUGGUUAUCAACCUUGGUAUGGUUCUGAGAAAGACGUGCCUGUGGAGCAUCGCUGUGGAAAAUGUUCUCCACAGAUGUGUUACCCGAAGAAUGAAACAGGGGUUGUGAUUGAAGAGCAUGAGCCUGAGAAUGAGAAAGGAAGCCGAGGAGAAGCUGUAUUUCAUGUUCGUUCGACCAAUGGCCCUUACCCAACUAUAUGGAUUCCUCAUGACAAUGCUAGAAAUCAAGAGCAUGGAAGCAGCUCUGUUGGGUCAGGGAACCAUGAAAAGCCUCCGGCCGAGUGUAAAGCCCCUGAGAACAUGACGGUACAGAAAUUUUUUCCCAAUCCUUGGAAUGGUUGUUUUCCAUUCGACGAGAGCACCAUGAAGUCCUUGGUACAGAAUCAAGACAGGAAAAAGGCGCAGAAUGGGAAGACCAUCGAACUGCCGUUUGAUUUGAGCAAGUUGAAAUCCUUGUUGCAGGGUCAAGACACGAAGGAAGAGCAGAUCCAGAAGAACAAGGGAGAGCAAGGACAGCUACCGUAUCCUAUUUUUCGGAUACCAUCUCAUGGGAAACAGGAAAAUGUUGAAGCUUCUGAGAGUAAGGAGAGUAGUAAUGAAGGGCGUAACUUGAAGUCUUUCCCCUCUGAUCUCUACGGAAAUGAAGGUCGAAAACCCCAAGCCGUCCCCUCUGUUCUCCACGGAAAUGCAGGUCCAAAAACCCAGAACGAAGGCAAAGAAGGGAACUUUGAGUGCAGUCUACUCCCGGAUGCGGAGAAGAAAAUUUCAUUGAGAAGUAUCCCCGUGGAAAACCAACUACAAGAACCAAGGACCAUUCCAGUGAAAUUAUCAGAGAGCCAUCUACCAAAGCCAACAGAACCAACCAAAACGAUUGUGAAGAAGACAGAGCCAAUUGGGAACACAAAAAGAGAGCAGCCUCCGUCUCCACCAAAAGCAUCUAGGUUACCUCCGGUUUGUCUGCGUGUUGACCCGCUGCCAAAGAGGAAACAUAGUGGUGCCAAAUCUCUAAACUCUCCUAGACGAAAGGAACAACCCUUGAAGGCAGAAGAGACUAAGGUCAUAUCGCCACUGAGCUCAAAGAAGGCUGAAACAAAGUCUGCUCAUGAGGCUUGUGAUGUAAAAUGUGAAGAGCCAAACAAAGAAAAGAUGUCUGAGGAGCCCGUAAAUUCAACAGGAACAGAAAAAGAAUCAGUUGAAAGCAAUUCUAAUUUGCAAGGAGGAGCAAACUGGGAGAUUGUUAAAUCUUGUGAAACUAAGGAGAAUAGAGAAAAGCCUGCAAAGAAGACCUUUACAGAAGAGGAAGCUGCUAGAUUUAUCCAAUCUAGAUACCGCGGAUAUGAUGUGAGAAGAUGGGAGCCAAUUAAGAAACUGAAGGAGAUAGCUACUGUCCGCGAGCAGAUGGGGGAUAUCAAAAAGCGUAUCCAGGCGCUAGAUGUUUCUACUGAUCAGCGCAUUGAAGAGAAGGAGACUGUAAUUCUUGGAGAAAUGGUGAUGAACCUUCUACUGAAACUGGAUUCUGUUCAGGGCUUGCAUCCUGGUAUAAGAGAUCACAGAAAAUCUUUGGUCCGAGAGCUCUCAGACAUUCAAGAGAAGCUUGACUCCAUGAAAAGUAGCAGUGCCAUUGCAGAGAAAGAGAAAGCAGAGGAACAAGUCGAAAUUACCUCUGAGACCAGUGACUUUCCAGUGAACUUGGAGCACACUCAGCUUGCAGAAGAGAACAAAAUGGUACCUGAGACAAAUACAGAGGAGGUUCGUCUUCCGUCUCCUGAGGAACAUCCUCCGAGUGUCUUGAAUAGGACCGAGGCACAACCGGUUGCUGAAGCAGAAGAGGGAUCUGGAUUGUUUAAAACCUUGGUGACCGAUCCUGAGCCAGCUACUGAAUCAAGCACAUGUGAGGCAGCUGCUACCUCGACAACUGUUCCAGAGAAAAUUGGAGAGGUUGAAUUUGUGCAACCAGUCAAUCCACUCUCAGCUGAUGGAGAGGAAGUGACAGUGACAAACAUUGAGGAAGACAAUGCCGUGGUGAAGAGUUUGGAGGAGCCACAGAAUGAAUUGCCGCAAGUGGUAGAAAGCUCUACAUCAGGCCCAGAAAAUGUGACCGUAGUCUCUGAAACUGAGGGGAGUGUAUUGGAGAAUGUAGAGAGAAAGGCAGAGGAUGAUACUAUAUUGCCUUCAGAGGAAUAUGUCGAGUUCUCCGAGGUACUACCUGUUGGAGUGACUGAUGAUGAAAUGCAGGUUCUUUCACAAGAUUCAUCAUCAUGUACUCGUGAAGCGGAAAUGACUGCAAUGGACCUUGAAACAGCGAUCCGGGAGGAAACAAACAUUGACCUCUCGUCUGAUCACUCCAAAGAACUACUACUAGCCCAAGAGACGAUUUCUGAGCCACAAGAAGAGACAAAACAGCCUCCAGAGACAGAAGUCACUGAACGUGAAAUACCAGAAGAGACCAAAAAGCUGAUGGAGGAGAACCAGCGAUUCAAGGAAACGAUGGACACAUUAGUAAAAGCAGGCAAAGAACAACUCGAAGCCAUAUCGAAGCUAACUGGUCGGGUCAAAAGCCUAGAGAAGAAACUGUCACAGAAGAAGAGGAGGACACAGAUUGGGCAUCGUAAACCUAACCGUGUAAAAGACGCAACCAUACCAAUGUCCGCAAGUUCGACUGAUGUCGUAUUGUAA